GACUCUCCAGAGAGAGAGAGUCAGGCUGUUAGUCGUCAUUUUGCUCUCUCGCGACACCGAGAUAGCAACGAACCCUAAUCGCCGAUCAGAGAUCAGAUACCACCCAUGGAGUACGCAGCUCGGAGGAACCAGAAAGGCCCAUUCGAAGGCCUUUAUAGGUUCAUCAUGCGACGCAACUCCGUCUACGUCACCUUCAUCAUCGCCGGCGCUUUCUUCGGCGAACGGGCUGUGGAAUAUGGUGUUCAUAAAAUCUGGGAAUCGAACAACGUUGGGAAACGGUAUGAAGACAUCUCCGUGUUGGGGCAGAGACCGACGGAAGAAUGAGAUCGUAGACUCGAGCCUCGGACUCUUUUGAAUGAAUCUCUUAGAUGAAGAGCAAGAAAUGGAACUUUCCGUGUUGCCCCCUGCAGAAUUUCUUUCAUCAACUAAGAUUGGUUCUGAUUGAAUUGAGUUUUGGCAUUGUUCCAAAUAUCAUCAUCUAUGCUGUUUCUUUCGUUCUUCGUUUAUACGUUCCUUUUACACGUUGUUGUCCCUUGA